UGUAAUUAUUUUAUGCGGAUGCCGGAUUCGGCUUUAAACGAUCUUAACGAAGAUAUUUGCGGCGAAGAAAGAGGCGCGCAGCCGAGACUCGAGCAGACGGAUCGUUGAUAAAAGCAUGAUCGUUCUUCGGAAGAGGAUUCAUGAGAUGAAGAUGAUCGAGAGGAACUACGAGCUGCCUGAGGACUGGAUGGAUUGGGACUUAGGAGAAACGUGUCUAUACGAGCUACGAUUCGAUGAUUUGCGAGAUCAUGGGAGUGUUGUAGUCCCAGUUGAUGAACACUCGCCCCAGUGUCACGUUGGGGAUGAUGGUCCUGAUUGCGCUCAGCUUGCCGAUCUCUACCACCGUGGUUUUCUUUCAAUUGACGGAGAUGGCUAAGGGGAUUUUGGCUGCCGGCAUUGAUGCUGUAUUUUGAGAAAUUGAAAUUACAAAAUCAUCAUUUUUUUUCCACGUAAUUUUUCUAAAAUAAAAGUAUUAAUUCGUG